ACUUAAAUUCCUUCUUAAUGAAAUAUGUUCAAUCUCAUUAAUUCAAAAAUAAAAUAGGUUUUAAUCCCGCCCAAAAAUUCCAUUCCCUCCAACAUAUAUAUAUAUAUAUAUAUAUAUAUAUUUUGAUGGGAAAUUCUUGCGAGCGACCGGAGAGAGGAAUGGAGAGUGGAAUGAUAUCGGUAGACAAGUGGAGCUCCGGCAGCCAGGCGUAUUUCCUCACCCACCUCCACGCCGACCACACCGUCGGCCUCUCCUCCGCUUGGAAGCACGGCUUGCUCUUCUGCUCCCGCCUCACCUCCCGCCUCUUCCCCUGCAAGUUCCCUGACUUCGACCUAUCGCUCCUCCGCGUGCUCCGCGUCGGAUCCUGGCAUUCCAUUACCUUGACCACUCCAUCAUCUGGAGCUCCCACCCAAGUCUAUGUCAAGCCCAUUGACGCACACCAUUGCCCUGGUUCUGUUAUGUAUCUGUUCCGUGGCAAAUUUGGAUACAUGCUUUAUACUGGGGAUUUUCGCUGGGAAGCUGCUGGAAAUGAAGUUCAGAGUGGAAGGACCAUGCUACUUGAUUCUCUGAAGAAAAGGACGCUUAAUACAUUGCACCUGGAUAAUACUUACUGCAAUCCCAGAUACUCAUUUCCCUCCCGUGAAGUUGCUUCCAAGCAGGUUGUCGAUAUAAUCACCUCCCAUCCAGAUCAUGAUGUCAUAAUCGCAAUUGAUUCAUUGGGAAAAGAAGAUCUUCUGCUGUACAUAUCACGAACACUGAACAUAAAGGUUUGGGUUUGGCCCGAACGCCUCCAAAUAAUGCAUAUUCUCGGAUUCCGCUCCAAUUUCACCACGCAAACCACAGUCACAAGAGUUCGAGCUGUCCCUCGCUACAGUUUCACCACCGAAACACUUGAAGGACUGAACAAAACCCGGCGCACGAUAGGAAUCAUGCCUUCUGGACUUCCAUGGCCAGCCAAAGCCAAGGAGAAAAGUGUGAAUGUUUUUGGUUCCUCUUCUUGCUCGGAAAGGACGGCGCAAACUUCCAACGACGAUUCCAGCAAUGAUACAAUAAGCUUGGAAGAAGGAAGCAUAAAAAGAUAUGGCAAGUACAUAUACGUCGUCCCAUAUUCUGCUCACUCAUGCUUCUCUGAGAUCAAAGACUUUGUGGAGCUUCUCCGGCCAAUCAACAUCAAAGGCAUUGUGUCCUCCGCAUCAUGCCAUAUCGAUCCGUGUUAUUACUUUGAUCAUCUCUGUGGGACGCAGCAGGCAUUCUGGAGGAGUCACCAGAAGCCCGACAAUGAAGAUCAGGGCGGCAAUACAGUUGAAGAUGAUGUAAGAGAAGGCGAUGUGCACAGUCCUUACAGUGUUGUAAGAAGGAAAAAAAGAGCAAUGGAGUUUUUUCGAGUGAGUCGAGUGCAGGUGAUGAGAAGGAGAAGCCACGGCAGUAAAAUUACCGAUGCUGCUGAUGAUGAUGAUGAGUGAGUUUUGGAUAUUUGUGCUUUAUGCUGCUGCACUACUCAAUUCAGGACUGAAUCAACGAAAGAAUGUGCAGAAGAAACAGAAAGACGACAAAAAACCACAGGUAUAUAUAUAUAUAUAUAUAUAUGCCACUCUUUUGGACUUUGAAUUUGUUUAGUUGAAAUUAAUUAAUUAUGACACGGUGCCUGCUGUAUGGAAUUGCAUAUC